AUGUAUACUACACCUUUUCUCGUAGCAAUAUUAAUUUCCUUAAUAAAUGGUAUUUUUUCAAAAAGUGUCGAACUUACAUUCGAAUUACCCGAUAGCGCCAUGGAAUGUUUUUAUCAGGAUAUCGAACAAAAUACCUCAGCCUCGUUGGAAUAUCAGGUUAUUACUGGAGGCCAGUAUGACGUUGAUGUGAAAAUUGAAGGUCCUAAUAAACAAAUAAUAUAUCAGCAACAGAAAAUGCAAUAUGACUCUCAUCAAUUUACAGCACAACACACAGGAGUGUACAAGGUUUGCUUUAGCAAUGAAUUCAGUACAUUUUCACAUAAGUUAGUGUAUAUGGAGCUGAAUGUAGGACCCGAGGAACCUCUGCCUGGUAUUGGAGAUCAUGCAACAGUGAUGACUCAGUUGGAAACAUCAGCUGAAGAAAUCCAUUCAGCGUUGAACAAAAUCAUUGAUCACCAAACACACCACAGACUGAGAGAGGCUCAGGGCCGUAAGAGGGCUGAAGAUCUGAAUGAACGUGUCAACUACUGGUCCAUGGGUGAAACUUUGGCUAUUGUGUGUGUAGCAUUUGCACAAAUUAUGAUAUUAAAGAAUUUCUUUAGUGACCGACCCACCCAGUACACUAAAAUGUAA